AUGGACGUAUCAGAGCCUUCGAGGACAGAUCAAGACAGGGCCCAGCCUCUCGACAGCUCCUCCAUUCCUGACCAGACACAGCAGUCUUCAACCGAAAAUGCCCCCUUGUUCCAAGAGAUCCGCCGAUACCCCAAGAUCGUGGCCUACUCCUUUGGCCUAGCUCUCGCAUUCCUUCUCACCGGCUACGACACCGUUAUUCUCGGAACCAUCACCGCCGUCCCGUAUUUCAAACGUGAAUUUGGCGAACUAUACAAUGGCUCCUAUAUCAUCCCGUCCUCAUGGUUAUCUAUAUGGAGCGCAAUGGCGCCUAUUGGUUCCAUGGUUGGUGCAGCAGUAGCGGGUUGGAUGCAGGACCGCGUAGGCCGUCGCUGGUCGCUGGCGUGGAGCUGUGUUAUCUGUGCUGUGGGCAUUGCUAUCGCAUUCUGCUCUAAUCUGCCGACGGAAAAGGACUCUCGUCGGGGCGCUUUCCUCGUCGGAAGAUUGAUUCAGGGAUGGGGAGUUGGUGGUGCCAUGGCUGGAGCUCAGACAUAUCUCUCGGAGACAGUGCCAACCAGUCUGCGAGGAUCUGCAAUGGCGCUGUCACCCACCUUUAUGUUGCUUGGAGAACUCAUUGGAGCUGCUGUGAUUUUUGCCUGUGAGAAGAAGAAGUCCACGGCUGCGUAUCUCGUGCCUUUUGGUACCCAGUGGAUCUUCACUGUCCUGCCAUUCAUCUUGGCCAUUGUCGUUCCCGAGAGUCCAUCUUAUUUAAUUCGGAAGGGGGAGUUUGAUAAAGCUCACAACGCGAUGAAAUCCUUGCACGGAUCGCACGUUGACGUGACGCCGCUCCUUGCUCAGAUGCGCGUCUCAAUUGCUCAUGAAGAACAACUCGCUCGUGAGCUGUCAUACCUCGACUGUUUCAAGGGGAUCAAUCUUCGAAGAACUGCAAUCGUGUCAUUUGCCUUCGUGGUGCCUAGUCUUUUUGGUGUCCCACUUCUAGCCAGUGCCAGCUAUUUCAUGCAGGUUGUUGGAAUGGCUUCGAGUACUAGCAUCAUCGUCCUUAUUUUGGGAAUCGUGCUGGGCCUCUUGGCGAAUGGAGUUGGUGUCUGGCUUAUGAGUCGUUUUGGAAGACGACGCCUCAUGCUUAUUACGUUGGCAAUUUCGACUGCCCUGUGGACCAGUAUGGGAAUCGCUGGCUGUUGGUCCGGUAAUAUCGUUGUCUGGUAUACCGCUGCUUGUAUGAUGGCAGUUGUUGUAGUUUGUGGAAUGGGAGCAUGGCCGGCGUCUUUCGCUGUGGCUGGUGAAGCCUCUAACCUGCGUCUCCGUGCGAAAACACAGGGUGUCGGCGUGUUGUGCUACAUGCUUGCUAACGUGGUCUUCAACCUUGUCCUUCCAUAUAUCUACAAUCCGGACGCAGGAGAUCUGAAGGGCAAGACCGGAUUUGUGUAUGGUGGAUUGUGCUUGCUGGCCUUCUCCGUGACAUGGCUGGUUGUUCCCGACAUGAAGGGUCGUUCUGCCCUGGAGAUCGAUGCCAUGUUUGAAAGCAACCUUCCUUGCCGGCAGUUCAAAAAUUGGUCUGCUGAUAUUACAGAGCUUAAAGAGGGCUCU